ACUGCGCACGCGCACGACAUUUAAUUUCGAACGUCACUUUCGCGCGCGAUUUGAACUGUUUAUUUUUUUAUCUAGUCAUCGCGAUUCGCGAGCGUCGAAAGGAAUAAAAGUUUAAUUGACAAUAUGGAAACGUAAUGAAUAUUAUAAUGUUCAGUGUGUGAGUGAGUAGAGCACAAUGAGCGGGCCGCGGAAUUGGCACAAAUGGCUAGUGUUGGUCGGAUUGGCUUUGUCCGCCCGGACAAUUGCGGCAGAUUACAGCUUCAUCACGGAGAAAUCCGAGGCGAUGGCGCGAUGCAACGAGAAAUGCCCAUUCCAGAACCGAACCAGCGAAGGGCAUUAUGACGUCAGCUGCGGGCCAGACUGCAGCGUACAACAGUGUAGACUGGGUUGCAGCCUCUGGUCAAACGCUUUGGAAACCUCCUGUCAAGCAGUUUGCAAUGUGACCUCAGAGACGGUGAUAUCACGUGAGUUGUAUUGCGUCAUGGGUUGUAACGAAGCUUUGAACACCUACUUCCAAAUGAUAAGAGACCUAAUCGGCACACCCCCUGCGCCCGCGCUGGUAGCCGACAGUUUGACUGCCACAUCUCUGUCGCUACUCUGGGAUGCGCCGACGUUGGACAGUCUGUCCUACUUGCUGCAGUGGAGGUACGAGGAGCUAUCUGGGACAUGGCAAUACUACUCCAACACCAGCCACACCAAUAAAACCUUCAUACACGUGGAGAACUUACGACCGUACACUAAAUAUAGGUUUCGCGUCGCUAUUUUCCUGUCGGGACGGGGCGUUGAGCCGAUGUAUUCCGCACCAUCAGUCGUCAUCUCCACAUCAGACAGCGGCAAGCCCAGCUCGGCUCCGGCAGCGUUACGGGCAGUGGCCAUCGACUCCAGCCGCGUCGCUGUCUCGUGGGAGCCAGGACCGUUCCCGAAUGGACCACUGCUGUCAUACGUGCUCCGGCUAGCUGACACACAGCCGAAUACGAAUGACGCCUUGGAGGACAUGCCGGCUUCGAACAACACGCUUUUCUACAUGUUCCAAAACUUGGCACCGUCCAGGGAGUACGAGGUGUCAGUUGCCAUGAGGAAUUUGGUGGGAGAGGGACCACGGGCAUACGUCAGAAUAAAGACACCACCUCUACCAGCUUCGACUCCCAGUCAGCAACCGAUCCUGAUCCUAGGAGGCGAACACAAAAUAUUAGCCGCACCUGCCAACGAUAUGCUAUCGGUGCCAGUAGAACUGUACAACACGGAACAUAUUAUUACCGGUGUGGGGAUAGAUCUCUCAAGUGAUUCUUUAUUUGUUUCGGUGUCGAGCGGUUUUGUAUACCGAAGUACUCUAUCAAAUAAAAGUGCCUCUGAGCCAAUACUGACGCCGAAAAAUAUGGCUUACAAACCCCUGGAUCUGUCAGUCGAUUGGCUCAACAGACAUCUGUAUGUUUUGGGAGAAGUUUACUACACAAAGGAAGACGAAAAUUGGUCGAAUGCGAGUGUGUAUUCAAACUGGGAGAUAUCGAGAUGCGAUUUUGAUGGGAAGAACCAAAUCGUGGCUUUGUCGGGUUUCAAUACGCGACCGAUACAUUUUGAAGUGGAUGCGUAUAAUGGAUACCUCUUUUGGGCGUUGCGUGGCUUGGAGCGGGGAGGUCUAUACAGAUUAGAUUUAGCGAACAUAUCUAAUGGGGUACCACAUAAUGCCCCACCUGAACAUAUCGUGAAGGACGCGCAUCUCGGACCAUUUACCGUAGACCACACCGACUUUAGAAUACUUGUGGCGCACUACAGACGAAACACUGUUCUUGCUGUGUCACUAGAUGGGAGAGAAAUAACAGACUUUAGAAGUAACACCCAAACGCCAAAGUUUUUCUCAGUGAAAUCCUUAGCAUACGCUAACGGACUGUUCUAUUGGACGAACGGCCAAGAGAUGUUGACUGAAGAGUACCAUCCACAGAAGAACAGUUAUUUUCACAACGAGUAUCCUCUGGAAUACGAUACGAGACAAGUGUUGGUGGCUUUAAGGAGUUGCCAACCCAUACCGUUGCCUGUUAAUCCCCCAUUAAGCGUCCAAAGCAUUAUGGGCAUCGAUAGAGGCAAAGUGUCUUGGUCUCCACCACAUCUUUUGGGUCAUCAAGGAACCGGAGCUUGGCAACAAUGGAUGUACCAUUUACAGCUGACCGAAAUACCUACUGGGAAGGUUAUUGAUAUAAAAAAUAUCAGCGACUCCAUAUAUCAUGUGGAUAACUUGAAAGAAAACACUGAAUACGUGAUAAAAGUGGCAGCGGUAACCCAAUCUGGUUCGGGUCCAUGGUCAUCAGAAUUCGUCGGAAAGACCCUAACAUUGUCACAGACGACAUUACAGAGUACUCUGCUGUGGUCUGGACCUGAUGGACUAUUGCAAACUGACUUGACCGGUGAAAACUUACAAACUCUUAUUCACAAGGAACACCUAAGAACUUUAUACAUAACAGACAUUUCUUGGUAUCGUGACAAGCUUUACCUGGUAACCAACGCGUCAACUGUUAUAUGGUACAACAUCACCUCCCACAUAAAAGGAGAAAUGCCAAACAUGGAUAAUGUCGGAAGUUUAGCGGUCGAUUGGGUUGGAAAGAAAAUCUAUUGGUCCAAUCCAAAACAGCAAUUGAUAACACGAGAGAAUUUCGACGGCAGUAAUCGAGAGCCAGUGCCCAUAGUGACUGUAGCUAAGGAACUGAACAUAGACUCGUUAGGAGCUUACAUCUAUUGGAGUACAGGACAUGCGGUCGAAGGCGCGAGGUUGAACGGAGAGAACAAGAUCGUUUACUAUCCAGCUCAACUGUUUAGCGGAAAGCAAGUGAUGGGUCUAACGGUAGACUUGGAGAAGAAGUGGCUAUACUGGUUGGUGCGGAGUUACGACGGCUCUGAGUUACACAGAGCGGCUACCGCUGAUCAAAUAGCGCUUGGACUGGGAGAGGUAACCGACACGCUGGUCACUCGUCUCUCGGGCACCGCCACACUGGGACCGCUCUGCUACUUCAGCGAGCGGCUGGUGUGGGUUCAGGACGCGUCCCGGGCGGUCGUGUCCGACCUGGCCGGCAGGUAUACCGCGGAGCUGGUGCCCAGGGUCCACGUCAUCGCUGUGAGGGAUCCGAGCCUGCAUAGGAAUAGUGAACUGAUAAACGCAAUACCGGAGAAAGUAAACGCUUCAUCGAUCGCCGUGCGCGGAGACUGGGACCAGUUCAACGUGACGUGGUCGCCCGCCACGCGCGUCAACAUCAACAACACCAAAGUGUUCUAUGACGUCAGUCUACAUUUCACCAACAACGUCAAAAUUGAGAGAACCGUGGACGUGCCCUGGGUAUCAGUAUCGGCGGCUAUAGCGCCGUACACGCGCGCGGAUGUGACGGUGCGUGCGCACACGCCAUGGGGCGGCGGCGCGCCGGCGCACGCGCACGCACAUUCCCCGCAGGCCCCGCCCUCCGCACCGCGUCGACCACGAUUGUACCUGCAACCUGCGUAUAGUGGCAGUCAAGUGUCUGCGACCUUCCGAUGGGAGGUUCCCGAGCGAGCGAACGGCGUGAUUCGCGGCUACGAAGCGCAAUGCUGGAUGCAGCCUGUGUCCAGCUCGUCCAAUGCUAAGCCUUCCGCCUGCGCAGACGCAAGACUGUCGCCGCUGCACACGCAGCUCAUGCUCAGAGAUUUGGUGCCGUCAUCACAGUAUUAUUUUCGGGUUCGAGCUUUCACGGACGCCGGUUUCGGUCAGUAUUCAGAAGAGGUAUCUGCUUUAUCCGAUGAAGUAAAUCCUGUACCUAAAGUGAUGAUAUCCUCCCAAGACUCCAUCAAAAUAACCGAUCUGGAUACCGGAGAAAGUGAAACGAUACCAAAGAGUACCGGAACACCGAUAGAUUUUGUGGUCGCUAUUGAAGAGAAUAUUGCUUACUGGGUCAACAAUUUGGAGGAAAUAUUUUCAUCGAGGAUAAAUGGAACUGGUCAUUAUAAGUUAACUUCGAUCAAUGGAUCCGCAACAAGCAUAUGCGUGGAUUGGGUCAGCAGAUCCGUAUAUUGGAUCCAACGGGAGAUCCUCUCUACCGAGUCUUAUGUGAUGUACCGGAUAGACCUGGGUAUACCGAACACGCGACAUCACGUUACUCAGAUACUGUCCUCAAAGCAGCCGAUGUAUAGUUUGCAAAUAUCACCAUUAACACGGACUCUGUAUUGGUACGAAGAAAGCAACCACACCGGUCUUGGUGUUCUUAUGACUUCCAAAGUAAACGGAUUUAAUGUUAGACAAUUCUUUAACACCUCCUACGAUUUCGACAAAGAAACGCGGGAAAACUGCGACUGUCCUGAAAACCCUCAAAUAGCCAAAGCGUUUGUGCUCGACCUGACCUCAACAGAGACUGAAAUUUACUGGGUGGACCCUUGGGUCCAUCGCAUAGUAGCGACAGAUACAAAGGGAUGCAAAUGUAGGACCGUCAUGACCGCAACAGAGAAGAAAAAAUACGGUUUUACCCCCUCAUCCAUAACCGUAGACAGCAGUAACAUUUACUGGUACGAUUCGGCAGACAAGACGAUACUUUUUAGAAACAAAUUUAAAAUAAUGGAUAAGAUUGAAAGAGUGAAAGUGUCGAUGGGAUACAAGAUAUUCGCUUUAGAUCCAGCCAACCAGCCGUAUCCGGACAGAAAGUGUCUCAUACCAAACUUGCAGGAAUUGACUCCAAAAUCGACUUCCAACACAGCUAAUAGCAUCACACUGCAGAUGCCAACAGCUUACAAGCCCAUUGAGUGUCGAAGAUUAGAAUAUGAAAUGCCUCUGACAGAAUUCACGAUAUACUAUCGAAAACAUUCGAACGAGUCAGCAAAUAGUUGUGACAAAAACUCCUGUCCUUUUAUAACGACGACCAGCUCAGAAGUGGCCAUCACCGAUUUGAGUCCCUUCACCAGAUAUUCCUUUAUGUUGGAGGCUACGAAUUACUACGGUAAACUACAGGAACUAAAGCCAGCUGUUGGACCACAGCUAGUACUACAAACGGCUGCAGAAGCUCCAACAGCACCAAAAGACGUCAGAUACGUUGUGCUUAGUCCAGUGCUCGUGCGAGUGGAAUGGACGAUCGAUCCGGGACUAUCUUACGAACUGCACUGGCGUACUGAUGACUCCACCUUACUGCCGCAUAAUCUAAAAGAGCACAACACGUUCGAGGUGCCCGAAGGCAACAGCGCCAACAUGACUCGGCUGGUACCUAACACCGCGUACAUAGUAUGGGUGCGCGCGCGUUCCCGCCACAGCCCCGUGCCCGCGGACUCCGCGCCGCUGCGCCUGCGCACGCGCCCCACGCCCGCGCCGCUAGCGCUGCGUAACAUUACCGCUUAUAACAUCACCGUGUCCUGGCCGAGACCCACUACGUACGACCUGUAUAGAUAUGCUGUAGAAUACAGUGAAGUGUCGGAAUCGAGUGACGAAUGGAGACAGUGCACUAAGAGUGACGACAUGUGGGUCGCGAGCGACCUAACUCCAUCCACCCGCUAUCGCUUCCGACUUAGACUACAGUACAUCGAGAAAGCACCGCUCUUCUACUGGCCACCGGACGACAAGUUUGUGUUUGAAACUCUAGGUGACGUGCCGGGAGCGCCUGGCGAGGUACGAGUCGCCGUAGUGGGGUCGCGAGUGCUGCGCGCCUGGUGGCCGGAGCCCGACCCGCGCGGCGCGCCCGUCACCGCCUACCGCCUGUGGGGCCGGCCGUACACCACGGAAAACUAUGUAGAAGAGAACAUAACGAGAAACGUAAGCGACCUGACUCUACCUCAAGACCUGCCCAGCGACGUCGACCCAGACAUGAAGAUGCUCAUCGCGAGAGAGGGGUUAGAACUUUUGCACAACGGCUCUGACUCCUACUGGAUAGUCCACGCGGAGGACCUCGGGUCGGGAUGGUGGGUGCGCGUGCAGGGCCGCAACGCGCACGGGUGGGGGGCGGCGUCCCCGCCCGCUGCCGUGCGCGCCCCGCCCGCGCGCUCUCGUGCGCCGCCCGCCGCGCUCGCCGUCGGCUUGGCGGCUAUAGCAGUGCUCGGAGUGGUCUUCGCGGCUGUCGUGUUCUAUGCAUACAACAAUCGCACGAAGAAGAAGGCGGCGCUAGAGAGCCAGGCGUUGACAGUAGUGCGGCGCGGGCCCGACGUCGAGCUCGCCACGUUGAGACAACUACCCAUACGGCAUUCCACGAACAUACUGUACAACCAGGGAGUCCACCUACCGUCGGACGCGGAGAUAGCCGGUCUGCCGCACAUCCGCCGCGAGCAGAUCACCCUCACCAAGUUCCUCGGCUCCGGCGCCUUCGGGGAGGUCUUCGAGGGCAUCGCUAGGAACCUCAUUAGCGGAGACACCAAAGUCGCUGUUAAAACACUCCGCAAAGGCGCCACAGAACAGGAGAAGAACGAGUUCCUCAAGGAGGCAGCGCUGAUGUCCAACUUCAAGCACGAGCAUAUCCUGCGGCUGUUGGGCGUCUGCCUCGACAACGACCCCAACUACAUCAUCAUGGAGCUGAUGGAAGGCGGGGAUCUGCUCAGCUAUUUGAGGGCGAAACGAGCUUCUCUGUACACGGAAGACUCUCUCACCCUGCUCGACCUACUCAACAUGUGUGUGGAUGUAACCCGUGGAUGCAGAUACCUUGAAGAAAUGCACUUCGUCCACCGAGACCUAGCAGCACGCAACUGCUUGGUCGCCAGUCGCGCCGCACGACGCGUCGUCAAGAUAGGCGACUUCGGCCUCGCUAGGGAUAUCUAUAAGAACGAUUAUUAUAGGAAAGAGGGUGAAGGUCUGCUGCCGGUGCGGUGGAUGGCUGUGGAGUGUCUGAUGGACGGAGUGUUCACUUGCCAGUCUGAUGUCUGGGCCUGGGGAGUUCUGUGCGGGGAGAUUCUAUCGCUCGGUCAGCAGCCUUACCCGGCGCGCACUAACCGCCAAGUGCUGGCGUACGUGCGAGCGGGGGGCACGCCCGACAGACCGCCCAACUGCCCUUCCGCAUUUUACGAGCUGCUCCAAAAAUGCUGGAGCUACAACGCGGAACUGCGGCCGUCGUUCCGGCAAUGUCUCGAAGUGGUCUGCGAGCUUCGAGACAAGACUUCCCCCAACAUCACCCUGACUGCCACGCCGCAGCCCGCGCCGCAGUAUCUCACAUUACUGCCGGAUGCAUGUGACGGCGUCGAGAACCGCACCUACCUGCUGGACGAGAAUGACAACACCUGCAUAGACGAAGACUUCCCGGAGCAGCAAAUGGAGCCGUCGCAUUUGCUGCCGCGGCCGCUGAAAUACAUCGAGCUGCGGUACGACAGCGACACGGACGCGAUACGCGACGGCUACGAGAUACCGCGGACGCCGUUCUCCCGCCACAGCAUAGUGGGCGUGGCGCCCAACAGGCUGAUAAAACCGCUAUAUCGUACGCACUCGCUGCGUGCGCGCCCGCCGAACGCGACCAUAACCCCCCUGCGGAACGGCAUCGUGAAGCGAGCGUCCCUGUGCGGGGAUUUCCGCACCGAUUUGCUCGACAGUCCCAUUCGGGAAAUCCCCAGCUUUAGGGGCAAUUUCCGGGAUAUACCUAGCUCGAGAAGCUCAGGAUUUAGAAGCCGGGAUAGCCCUGGCUCGUCCCGCGACAGCGAAAGACACUUCGACGGCCACGUCAAGACGCCGUUUUAAAACUGUGAUAUUAGAAAUUUUAAUUCCACCGAUAGAUCUGAUUCGUUUUUAUGGAAUAUUUAUUUAUUUAAUACUAAUUUUUAUCUGUAAAUAUGAGAUUUUUGUACAUAGUAGGGGUAGUUGGAGGGUGAAUCAAACGAAUGAGUAGCGAUUUUGCAUUUAUUUAUAGUAUGCUAGAUCAUAAAGUAGUAAAAAAUAUUUAAGGUUCUUUAGUGGUCUUCUUGGCUAAUAAAGUUUACACACGUAUA